UGCAUUUUUAGAAUAUACAUUCUUUAAAGGUAUACUUUGGCAUUCGUGAAACGGCCACAUUACCGCUAAUUUCCGCGUAAAAAGAGACCAUGACGACUGCUUUUGACGCUGCGCACACGGAGGGACCCGGGUUCGUGGGAAUUCGCUUCUGCCAGGAGUGCAACAACAUGUUGUACCCGAAGGAGGACAAGGAGAACAAAAUCCUGCUGUACGCCUGCAGGAAUUGCGACUACAAACAGGAAGCGGACUCCAAUUGCAUCUACGUGAACAAGAUUAUGCACGAAAUUGACGAACUGACGCAUAUUGUGCCGGAUGUAAUCUCCGAUCCCACGUUGCCGCGGACGGAGGACCAUGCCUGUCCAAAAUGCUCUCACCGUGAAGCGGUCUUCUUCCAGGCACAAACACGUCGCGCCGAAGAGGAGAUGCGACUGUACUACGUGUGCACCAACCAGAAUUGCACCCAUCGAUGGACCGAGUAAAAUGAUAAACGCUUUCCGCCUCUAAUUGUAGCCCUAAGUAAUCAAAACAAAUAUAAAGUCAUUUGUAAUGGCACAUCUGUUGUUUUUUACAAGGUCAUGCCGCAAAAAUAUCACAUUGUUGCUCAAUGCACGAUUGCCGGUCAAUGAAAUAGCCACUACACAGAAAAAAAAAACAGGUUACAUCAAAUCUCAGGAUACAUUUACUGAUAUUAUAACUCGCUUUCGCUUUUUAAAUUUGUCAAAGAGGGUCAAAAACUUAUAAUAUUUACAUAUCAAGAUAAUAACAUUAAGCUAAUUACAUUAAAAUUGA